AUGGGACGGAAACCUGUGGCACAACAGGAGAAAAAACCUAAUGCAAAGCCGCUAAUUGAGGCUAUUGAUAACUUAGUGGCGAUCAUCUGGAGAAUAUCUCCUCCCCACUCCCUCAAGAGACGCACCUUGAGCUCAGUGAAAGAAACGCCCAGGGCGUUCGGCCAACCAAGAAGUGGAGUGAAAGAGCUCGAUCACUGGGGAGUUACGAGAGCUAUGCUUUUAUCCUCGCACAUCACGCGUUUCGAAGCUUUCCCAGUGGAGCGAGUUGAAAGAUUGGCUGAUUUCAAGCUUCAUGAUUGGCUUUCUCGACUUAUGGACAUGUCUACCCGGUAA